AGAAAACAAUCUCAGCAAGAAUCGUGGAGGAUGUAGGCCGCGUAUAAAAGGCAAGAGUAGGCACGAGCUACGUCACUAACAAUCAGUGUCCAGGCGCGAGGAUGGCGCUGUGUACGAGAGUAGCCUUGGGCUUGUUGUGUGUUUCGGCCUGCCUGCAUUUCGUGACCUGCUCUGCGAGUAACGGAGUCCUGAACCAAUUCGUAAAGAGGGUGAAGAGACAGGAAGAGACGACCAAAAAGGAAGAGAGUUUUGAAACCGAACUAUGCAAAGAUAAGGAUGCCGGGGAGUGGUUCCGACUAGUAGCAGGAGAGGGUGACAAUUGCAGGGAUGUAAUCCAGUGCACUUCAUCGGGUCUGCAAGCUAUUCGAUGCCCAGCAGGUCUGUAUUUCGAUAUCGAGAAGCAGACAUGCGACUGGAAGGAUGCAGUUAAAAACUGCAAACUCAAAAACAAGGAGCGCAAAGUUAGGCCUCUGCUUUACACCGAUGAACCUCUUUGCCAGGAGGGAUUCUUGGCUUGCGGCGAUGGCAACUGCGUGGAGCGUGGCCUCUUCUGUAACGGCGAGAAAGACUGUGCCGAUGGUUCGGACGAAAACACCUGUGAUAACGACAACGAUCCAAACCGUGCUCCGCCCUGCGACCCAGCGGUCUGUGUCCUACCGGACUGCUUCUGCUCCGAGGACGGCACAGCGAUCCCUGGAGACCUCCCAGCCAAAGAUGUUCCCCAGAUGAUCACAAUCACAUUCGAUGAUGCCAUCAACAACAACAACAUUGAGCUGUACAAGGACAUCUUCAACGGAAACAGAAAGAAUCCCAAUGGCUGCGACAUCAAGGCCAGCUUCUUCGUCUCGCACAAGUACACCAACUACUCGGCCGUGCAGGAGACGCACCGCAAGGGACACGAGAUUGCAGUCCACUCCAUCACUGGAACUGGAAAUCAACGAGGAUCUGGAAGCUCUGAGCACAAUGACGACGAGCAGUUCUGGAGCAACGCCACCGUCGAUGACUGGGCCAAGGAAAUGGCAGGUACGAGGAUUAUUAUCGAGAAAUUUGCCAACCUUACCGACAACAGUGUGGUGGGUGUCAGAGCACCGUACUUGCGCGUGGGUGGUAACAACCAAUUUACCAUGAUGGAGGAACAGGCCUUCCUAUACGACUCGACCAUCACAGCACCCCUCUCGAAUCCUCCACUGUGGCCGUACACCAUGUACUUCCGCAUGCCACACCGUUGCCAUGGAAACCUGCAGCACUGCCCGACCCGAAGCCAUGCCGUGUGGGAGAUGGUAAUGAAUGAGUUAGAUCGCAGGGAAGACCCCCAGUUUGAUGAGUACCUGCCUGGGUGCGCUAUGGUUGACUCUUGUUCUAACAUCCUGACGGGAGAUCAGUUCUACAACUUCCUCAACCACAACUUUGACCGUCAUUACGACAAGAACCGAGCCCCACUGGGCCUCUACUUCCAUGCAGCCUGGCUCAAGAAUAACCCAGAGUUCCUCGAUGCGUUCCUUUACUGGGUAGAUGAGAUCCUGGCCAAUCACAAUGACGUUUAUUUCGUGACUAUGACACAAGUUAUCCAGUGGAUCCAGAAUCCCAGAACCGUUUCUGAGGUGAAGAAUUUCGAGCCCUGGAGAGAGAAGUGCACAGUGGAGGGAAAACCUGCUUGCUGGGUGCCUCACUCAUGUAAACUGACGAGUAAGGAACUGCCAGGGGAGACCAUUAAUCUGCAGACAUGUGUCCGCUGUCCGAACAACUACCCAUGGGUUAAUGACCCAACCGGAGACGGGUUCUUCUAAGUCAUCGAUCUCAUAAUUCUGCAAUUCAAUGUCAUCACCUGUCAUACCCUGCACACUUCCUGGCUCCCUCUCCACAACCCUCAACUAAAACAGGAACCAUGCAUAUCAUGAAACACUUUUAAGUUGGUAUUAAGCGCUAACUGACUAUGAACUACGCAAAACCUGGAGAAAAAAUAUUGAAAAUAAACUUUUAAUGGGCGGGUGAUAAAGUAUGUAUGCCCUAAGCAUUCCUUCGUGUUGCUAUCUCUUUCAUUCAUGACAGUGGUGAAGGAACAGGGUAUAAUGAUGCGGGCUAGUUUCAAAUCUCCCGACAGAGCGUGUUCCUUGUCGAAGGGGCCUACAGUGACCAGGAGAAGGGCGAUUUCCGGUAAUAAGACGGAAAUAUUAUGGAGCCUUAUUUGGGCAAUUUUGUUUGAAUUUUAUAUGCUCUCUCUUUAUGGAAACCAGCUGUGUAGAAAAAGAUAUCAAUUUUUGACAACCUGAUAUAAUGUGUGAAAGGAAGGAAUUGGUUUAUGUUUUUCAAACGAAUGUCCAAGAACUGUGGCUGCAGUACCAGCAGAAUCUCAUCCUGUAUGAUGAGUGGCCCAUUGCAAGGGCUCGGACUAUUUAAUUAAUGUGAUUCUUGGGUUAUGAACCUGAGAUAAGCAAGUAAUGUACAGGUUUACUUGAACUUCAGUUCAAGGAGGCAUUUUGUGUAAAAAAAAAUCUGUUUUGACAAGUUUAAAAUAAAAUGUGCUUAUAAACCUAA